AGGAGGAGGAGGAGGAGGAGGCCCCUGCAUGGACCCCUUCAUCUACUGCAAUAAACUCCUGGAAAGAUUAAAGGAUAGGGUCCAUGAGGGCUUCCAGCACAACUCCCACCACUCUCAGAAAACUUUGACCAGAAGCCAAAAGGAUUUUUUUUUUUUUAUUACUUCAAUUAAGUUCUUCGGUUAUACUUUCUGUACAUUUUAUUUCCAAACAUGCAAUUUAAUUUGGUCUUUCAAAGAUGUUUCUACAUUGACAGGAAUAAAAAUCUAGGAGGAAAAUACGAAAACCUUUAUUUAUUUAUUCUAGAAGUAGUCAAACUGUGUUUAAGUGUUUUAAGCAGUUGAUUCAAGAGUUUAAACUCCCCACUGUUUGCUAAAACACAGGCUACGUUCACACUGCAGGCACAAGGGACCCAAAUCAGAUUUGUUUGCUCAUCUGAGACUCUGAUCAGAUUUUUUCAUUACAGUGUAAAACAGCACAAAACACCUUUUCGAUUCUGAUUUGGGCCACUUUUAUAUUUGGUCCAAAUCAGAUAAAGGUCUUAGUGUUUGCAAUGUGUGAACAGUUAUAUCAGGAUUAAUGUGACUUUUAUGUCACUCUAGAUCUACAUUGAUCACUUCAGGACUCUGACCUGUUCACACUGGAAUCUGAUCUGGGCCACAUUUAAUAAAUAAUGUGAACAAACAAAAUCAGAACGUACCCUAAUUUACUGAAUAAAUAAUACUUACUUAAUACUUACAUACUCUUCAACAUUGUACUGUUUAUUGCACUAUAUUUAUUUGGCAGCUACAUUUAUACUUAUUUCACAGUGACAUAAAAUAGAAAUUCAGGUGUCUGACUGAAGUUGUUUUUUGUUGCAGUUGCAGGUUUUUCCCAGGUGGUGGUGAUAGUGUGACAUCACUUCCUGCAGCGCUUCCCCUGCAUGAGGUUGAACAGCCAGUGUGGUGCAACAAGUGAGGACUAUAAAGUUACACUACAACAGUAAAACUGUAUCUGUAAGACCAACACAGGCAGGUGUUACUCUGCAGUCAGACCUUACCUCAUCACUGCAGCACAUCGCCUCUCUACACAAUCAAAACCACUACAGUAUUAAUGGACAUCAAAAACCAGAUCAAAGUGUCUUUACUCAGUCCAGGACCAACAUCUCUCCCUUCAAAAGACGAGACGUCACCCUUUUUCCGUGAUCAUGGCAGCCUCCAGUUUUCCAGCCAGCCAGCCGAGAGCCAUCUGCUGUCCCGCUGCCGCCUCUGUGGCUGUCAGUCAGACUGGAAGAGACGAGGAGUUAAUCAAGCCAAUUACUCCCGUGAGGAGAUCUAGGUUUAUUCUAUUCCGGAGAGAGAGAGAGAGAGAGAGAGAGAGAGAGAGAGAGAGAGAGAGAGAGAGAGAGAGAGAGAGAGAGAAGAAGGCGACAUCCAGAGUAAAAUAAAUUCCUUUGUGUGACAAAGAAAACAUUUGAAGACAAAACUGUGAUUUCCAUUUGUUCCUCACAAAACAGUGGAUACUCUGUGGAUGGGAAUCUUUGUUAUAGUGCUCCCUGAUGUCUCCUUCACAACAACAAAGAAGUCAACACAACCUUUACUUCAACUGGCAUCACACAUUUUGAAGUGAAGCCAAGCUCCUUAGUCUUACUGGCUGAACUGUGGAUGGAGAUCAUGAGGAACUCUCAGUCUCUACACCUGUUCCUUGUUCCCAUUUUAUUUUCUUUACUUUCACUCUUCUGCCCUGCAUCUGCCAGUUCAGGGUCUGAGUAUGGCUACGGAGCCCACCCACGUUUUGUUUGCACCCCUAUUCCCGUGGAUGCAGACCCUGCCUGCUUCCCUGCAGCGGGUCCAAGCGCAGGGGCAGCAGGGCCCAGCGGACCAGGCCAUCAAAGUGCACCUCCUGCUGGCUGGUGGGGGGCGAGUGAAGAAGCCAAAGCCACCAUCCUCCACCUCAGGGAGAGCCUUGUCCAGCAGAAAGAGACCAUCCUGGACCAGAGGGAGACCAUUAGAGAGCUGACGGCCAAGCUCACCCUGUGCGAGGGCCUGGGACGGGGCGCGGCGCCUCACGACGAGCACCACAGCACGGCCUCACACUCCCAUCACGCAGGGGUGGCCAGUCAUCACACGUACACUGACAACGAGCACUAUAGCAACCAGCAGGGUCACCAUGGAAACGGCAACCUCAUACCGGACUCACCUCACUACCCCUCCACGGGGGGGCAACGAUCUGAUGGAGGACACAGCAGCCAGGGGAAGGAUAAACAUGUGACACCAGGGGAUAUCACAUCAUCACCGGAGCAGAUGGAGAGGAUGCUGGUGGCGCUGAAGGACAGGCUGGACAACCUGCAGCAGAAGAGGAACACAUCCAUCACCUACUCCAGCUCCCUGAAGGAGCUACUUCAGAGGAAGAUCAGCGCUCUGGAGCAGCAGCUGCACCAUCGCACCUCCGCCCUCAGCAGUUCGGACCAUCACGACGACGACAGCAGCAACAGGGACGACGGACACCACCAUGAUGAUGAUGAGGCGGAUGAUUAUGAUGAUGAUCACCACGGCGACGGACACCACAACGAUGGCGGUCACAGUGACGGUGGGAACCACACCGACCAUCGCGACGACAGCCACAAUGAUGACCAUCAUGACGUAGAUGGUGACCGUGACGACCACGAUGACAGCCACCAUGUUGAUGAUGAUGAUGAUGAUGAUGAUGAUGAUGAUGACCACCACAGUAAUGAAGCACACAGUCACAGUUACCUUCCACACACAGGAUACAGAGCACCGGGGCCACAUGUUGGUUUCCACUCAAACAAACUGGAAACGAUGCUCAACCAGCUGCACCUCGCAGGAUCCAGCGAGAAGAAGACUCCUGACGCCUUCCAGAUCAGCUUCCCCAUGAGAACCAACUACAUGUACGGGCGGGUGAAGAGGACGCUGCUGCAGGAGAUCUUCGCUCUGACUCUGUGUCUUCGGAUCAAGGCAGGCGUGGGUCCCGGCCUGGGGACACCUUUUUCAUACUCAGCACCCGGACAGGCCAAUGAACUGGUGCUGAUCGAGUGGGGGAACAACGCCAUGGAACUGCUGAUCGAUGACAAGGCUGUGCCGCUCCCCCUGUCUCUGGGUGAUGGGAAGUGGCACCAUGUGUGUGUGACUUGGUCAACACGGGAUGGACAGUGGGAGGCCUACCAGGACGGAGUACAGAAGGGGUCCGGGAUAAAUCUUUCCCCCUGGCACCCUAUCAAACCUGGAGGGGUCUUCAUCCUGGGACAGGAACAGGACACUCUGGGAGGCCGUUUUGAUGCCACUCAGUCAUUUGUGGGUGAGAUGUCGGACCUGCACAUGUGGUCACAUGUCCUGACUGCCAGUGACAUCUACAGCCUGGCCUCCUGCGGCAGCCACCUCAGAGGGGACGUCAUCGCUUGGUCCGAGGCAGAGGUGGAGCUUCAUGGAGGCGUCUCCAGAUACCCCUUUGACCCCUGUCACUGAAAGGCCGUAACACCAGUGAAGAACUUGGGAGAUAUCCUGGAAACGUACAGAGAACAUUUAUCACUUAUUAAAAAAGGUGAAAGAAGGAAACAAAAUUCCCGUCGACUUUCAGGAUGAUCGCUCAGUGGCACCAACUCCUCCAAACUCAGCAUCAAUGCCUUCCUUUAAACUUAAUCAGUGACUUUUUUUCUUAGAGAAGAAAAACAAAAACAACAACAAAAAAAGUCCAAUUUGUGUUUACAGACACUGUGUAGGGACUUAAUGGUGUUGGCCUCUACUGUACUCAUGAGCUGGUGUUUUAUGUUAAACAGACCAAUGCUGUAUGUGACAUAUUGUCAUAUUGUUUAUAAGACUGUGAUACAAUUAGCAGACCUUACGUGGGUUCUGUUGUGGUGAAGUGACAAACGUUGUUACGUACGUUAGCUAGUUUUACUAAAUGUGCUGAGAAAUCCAUUUGUAAUCUUUUUUAUAAAUGUUUCCACGGGAGAUACAGCUAAUUUACCAAAGAAAAUGUAGAAAUUGUUUUGUGUCAUACGAUCUGUGUGAAAUAGAUAGAUUGGUGUUUUAUUUGGAGGAAGAAUUCAGUGUUUUACAGCUAUGACAUGGACUAUUGGCAUGAUACUGUGAUUCAGCACUGCUGCUUUAAACUAAUAGAAAAAGUUUAUUAUGCAUGUUUUUUAAAAGGUUUUUAUCUACAAUGUAUCUGUUUCCUCGCUGAUCACUUUUCCCUCUCCAAUAAAUUAGACUUAUCUUUUUGAAAUGAUGUAUUUUGUGUGAUCAAGUCAUUGCACUGUGGCUUUUUAUUUUCUGAAUGAUCUCGCCUUGACUGUAUAUUUGUUAUUGUACUGUAUAUAAAACAAUGAAUUUAGGCCGGGUUCGAUCUUUGACCUGUUGUUUUCUUCUUCAAAUGUUAUGACUGUAAAUAAAAGUGUGAUGAUACA